AGGGAGGCUGUACACACAUGAACCAGAUUUGGUGUGUGUGUGUGUGACUCUGAGGGGGGAUUCUGCUGGGGUGUUACUCUAGAGGAUCCCGCAGGCAGCUAAACGAAAGAGAGCAUCCUCUGUAUUGUUGCAGCUCUGGUCUCCUCCUCCUUUUUCCCCUCCCUUCGCUCUUCCAUCCAUCCAUCCGUCCUCCCCCACUCCUCUCCGAAUCUCCCACCCCGACUUGUGCAUCGCCUCCCCCGGCAUAAUGACCAACGAUUCCCCGGAGGAGGAGACCCGAGCUCCGAGCCUCAGCGGCGGAGGAGGAGGAGGAGGAGCUGGUGGGAGAGGAGUCAUCAGGAGGAACCGGGCUGACGACAAUGUCACCAUCCUAACGUCCUCCAUGGAUCUGCACAGAGCCGGCAGGAGCCGGGCGAGCAGCGGCACCGAUCCCGCCCCGAGCAUCACCUCCUCCCUGGACCUGAGCGCCUCCUCCUCCCUGGAGACGAGCAUCCAGACGCGGAUCUUCAAGAUCAUCGUCAUCGGGGACUCCAACGUGGGGAAGACGUGCCUCACCUUUCGCUUCACCGGGGGUAGCUUCCCGGACAAAACCGAGGCCACCAUCGGCGUGGAUUUCAGGGAGAAGGCGGUGGAGAUUGAAGGGGAGACUAUAAAGGUACAGGUGUGGGACACAGCAGGCCAGGAGCGCUUCCGCAAGUCAAUGGUGGAGCACUACUACCGCAAUGUCCACGCAGUGGUCUUUGUGUAUGACGUCACCAAGAUGGCCUCUUUCCGCAAUCUUCAGACAUGGAUAGAGGAGUGUAACGGCCAUCGGGUGUCAGCAUCAGUUCCUCGAGUUCUGGUGGGAAAUAAAUGCGACCUCGUGGAUCAAAUCCAGGUGCCCUCCAACAUGGCACUAAAGUUUGCAGAUGCCCACAACAUGCUGCUGUUUGAGACGUCGGCAAAGGACCCAAAGGAGUGUCAGAACGUCAACUCCAUCUUCAUGUCCCUGGCCUGCCGCUUGAAAGCCCAGAAAUCCCUGCUCUACAGAGACGUGGAGCGAGAGGAUGGGAGAGUGCGACUCUCGCAAGAGACUGAAACCAAGAGCAACUGUCCCUGUUGAGGGAAGGAGGAGUGCGAGCCAUAACGGGAGGGAUGAGAGGAGAUUAACUUUAUUUGUCAAGGAGGAAUGGGAUGAUAGGAGAGCAGAAGGGAAAGAAGAGUCUGAAAUGAAGUGGAACAUUCCUGGUUUGGGAGGAGGAUGGAAUGUUAAGACACUAAGAGUAGUACAGAACAGGUGGAAGGUGUAAAAGCUCACCUGAAUCCUUUUUGUUGAAGAUGUUAGAAGAGGGACAGUGACCAGGGGAAAGAAGAAUUUCAUACAGAUUCCCAAAUGGCAUUCUGCCUUUUUGGACAACGACAUAACCUAAAGUUUCCUCCACUCAUUUCAGUUUAAACACAAUCCGAGUAAACACACUUUUUAGGAUUUCUGCUAACUCACAGCCUGGAAGCAUAGUCUUCCUUGAAAUGGGCCCUGGUUUGGAAAACCGGUGAAAAAUCACAUUAAAACCCAAGAAAUCCAUUUAAAACAUCUUUGUUUGGCAAUCACAGUCUGAUGCACUCUCUCAGUAGAGACACCAAUGAAAGAAGGGAAAGGAUAGGGCGAGUGGAAGAGGAUUCAGAUGAGGCUCCGUGGGAGGUGGAAAUGACAAUGAGGAGGAGGGGUUCUGAAAUUCAGUCCGAGACAGCAGAUCAUUAAAAAGCCAUUUGGCAAUAAAAGUAAGUCGGGGAGUUUAGCACCCCAGGAUUACUGAAUUUUCAGGAGCAAACACCAUGUAGACACCAGGGAAUUAGGGCAGAUGUGGGGAAAAAGAUCUUCUUUGUCAAAAUGAUCAAAAGCUUCAUUGUAUUUGAACUUUUUUUCACUUAUCUUUUGUUGUUUGUCGUUUAUUUAGCCUUCAUUUGAACGGAAAGCGGUGGACAUCCACCUUUCCCAACUGGCUUGAAAACUAAAAAACAGCUCCCUUUGAGUAUUCUAACUAUUUGAGAUGACUUUUGAUUAAGCUUCCAACCAAACACUCAAACAUCCUCUUUAAGUGGAUUAUUUCAUAAGAGUAAUAGACUUUCAAAUGUAUGUGCUAUCUACUUAGCUUGGCACCGUACGGGACAGAAUACACGACUGGAAAUCCAUCCAUUUUCUGAACCACUUAUUCCAAAAAAUGGGGUCGCGGGGGGGACCGGAGCCUAUCCCAGUAUUCAAUGGGCGAGAGGCGGGGUGCACCCUGGACUGUCUGCCAGUCCAUCGCAGGGCCACACAGAGACACACAAGGACGAACAGUCACACACACUCACUCCUAAGAGCAAUUUGGAAAUUCCGAUCAACCUGACAUGGAGGUUUUGGACAGUGGGAGGAAGCCAGAGAAACCGGAGAGAACCCACACAGACACAGGGAGAACAUGAAAACUCCACACAGAAAGGUCCUGGUUCCCCCGGGACUUGAACCCAGGACCCUCUUGCUGUGCUGCAAUGGUGCACCACAACACAGUGCCGUCCAGACUGGAAAUCAAUGAGAGAUAAUGCACGAAUAGUAUAUGAAAUGGGAGAUAAAUAUGGAUAAAUGGGAGGGCAAAACCCUCCCGGUGAGUUUAGUAGAAUUGUGUACAAAGACCCUGACUAAAUGUUUCCAGAAAGUGAGCUGCUCAUGGAUUGUCUGGCAGCAUGUUACCUAUUGAUUUAGAAACCCCUUUUACCCUUGUGCAUUCUCCUGCCAUGAAAGGACAGCGCAGCUCCUCUUUCUACCCCACUAGAGAUGUCUUUUCCGACUUGUCCUCGUGGUAGCGGGGCUUAGCCAGCUUUCCCUUUGUGUUCGAAAGGUGGAAAUAUCCAGCCUUAGCCUUAUGAGACUUUGACACCUACAAACUCUUCCACUCUCUUUUGAAUUUCCAAUCUUUUCUGGUGGACUCUUUCUUUUCCCAGGCAGACGCCACGUGGCUGCUUUACCGAAGUCUGCAUCAGCAUCACUGCCUCUGCCGUAGGAAAUUUCAGGAUAGAAAACUGUGAUCCCCUGUGUGUGGAUAAUGUAGAGGCCUUUUUUGCUGCUUCACAGCUGUGCCAGGAGGAGCUGCAUGAGUUACUCCUGCUGGAAGGGAAUAUGUCAGUGGUGAUGCGUACGGGCUGCAUGACAGUAAGCCAUAUUGAUUAUUUAAUGUACACAGGAAGCCCGCUUUCUUCAAGAUUGUGGGAGGAACGUACUCAAUGUGACUAGGGCAUCGAUCAAAUCUGGUGCGUGACAUGCGACAGAAGGACUUUACUACACGCUUGCCGUAUUUUAUUACUGUAGCUUACUGAGCAACACCAUUAAUAUAUCAGGAGGCUGCGUUUAGGAAAUUCAGUUGGUGUAUUGAUAGCGGAUGAUGGUUUAAUGACCUGGAUAACUCAACGCAUUGAGAAGUUUAAACACUGUGCAAAGCCAGAGAGCCUGAGGUCUAUCAAGUUCCCAUAACCUGAGUUUUUGCACCAUUUCCAUACCUGCUUAUGAAAAAAUAGCGAGAUAGAGCAGCUUUUACAUGACAAAGUGAAUUACAUGACGUUACUGUAAAAAAAAUAAUACUAACAGGAAGUAAAGGUGUAUUUAUUUUUGCUCUAAUAUCUGAUUUGUGAAGGAGUUUUGGUAAUCCUUACAUACAAGCCAGAGACAAGGCUCAACAGGGAGUUCGCACUGAAACACAGAACAGAAAUUCAUUCACAUUGUGCAAAAUGCUUAAUCUGCUUAGUGUUGUGGGUA